CGGCUGUGAUUGAGCAUCUGUCAGACGUCGCCCCUCUUCGGUUCUUGCGUAAACUACACGGGUUUGGCUGUUGCAUACAUCACGGGGUUUGUUCAGUUCUCGUCGGACGCGGCUCCACUUCGGUUCGGUUUUAGUUACCUGCUAGCGACACCCGCACACUGUUUCACGAAAGUACUGUUCGCUGAAUGCUGCCACACAAUGGGAUAGUUCGUUAGAAAUUUUCCGGAGAAGCACAUGGCGUGCGUUGUAGUAUUGAACCCUCAGGAACUACGACGACGUGGUUGACGAUGGUCGUACGACGUGGUUUACUUAUUACUGCUUUUCAACAGUGGUGGUAGUGUUGCAUCCCGUUCGGUGAUGGUGGUGUUAGUGGCAUGGGAGUGUGUAACUACUUAACUAGCAAUUAUUGGGGUUGCCGACGAUGGCGUUGGAGUACGCAAUCGGGGGGUGUGCUACGACUGGAGACGACAGUUUGGCGCGAGGGUGGCUGGUGAAUGCUGCCAGGAGCAACAACAGCAAUGGGCGAUUGCGUUCGGCGACAGGUGGAGAAAGGCUAUAAGCUAUUUGGAGGAAAUCCAUCCCGUGGGGGAUGGAAGAUUGUGUUGUUUUUGCUCUAGUCGGCAUCUAAUUUGGUGGAAGAAAGAAGUUCGGUAGGGGUAAAAUCUGAAGAAGACAAAACCGUACCAGUGAUUUGCAAAAGUGAACGAAGGUCGGAAAAGCUGCUGAUCGUGUAGAAUACGGCAGGAAGGCAGCAACGCAACGCACCCCGGACAAUGGAAUUCAAGCCCAUGGCCACAAUCGCAACGAUAGACAAAGGAAAUCCGCCGCUGCCGGCGGCUCUGCUGUAUCCGCCCGCCUCGCCAACCAACGUCGGUUGCUGUGUGAUAGGGCGCCGAACUCCCCCGAGGCCACCGUCGGAGAUCUACUUCGAAAGCCGUGGCAAGUGCUGCAAGAAGCUGCUCCGCUACAACGGCUAUCCGAAUAAGGUCCUCCUCUAUCCCGAGGAAGGAUGGGCCCGCAGUGCAGCGUCCAGCUAUUGGACAAUUUCGCCGUGCCGGUGGCGAAGGAAUCGCUGCAUCGUAGAAGAGGUGGCCGGAUCAAGGAAGCAAACAACCCAGGGCCGAAUGAUCGUCGUCGGUGAUGGCGCGCUGCUGAUAGUGGGCACGUUCAAAAGACGAGUUCCAGAUCCUGAUUUCAAGCUGUACCUGUCCUCCAACAUCACCCUGGCCGACUACAACAUGGGCUACUGCCUGACGGGGACCCUCGAACGGGGCGACCAACACUCGAAUCAAUUCCAAACCACACACUUUGCGGUCAUCCGACGGUGUUGGCCCGCGAACGAACCGGACUCGGGCGGCGGUGGCCACAAAACCCAACAUACGUAUAUCGAUUUCCUCUUUAAUCGAUGAUAGUGACGGAGGGCGAAACGCAAAUAUGCGACAAAUACGUAUAGGUUUAAGUGCCGGAAGGGCGGAAGCGGCAAAGAUGAGGACAAUGCAAACAGUCGGUAAUAGAUGGCGGUAUAAACCUCGUGAAAUGAUGACACAAUUAUUUAUGCACAAACGAACAGGAUGCUGAACGUACUCCGCACCGAAAUCGAUUCGAAAGCAAACAGUGACGGUGUGCAAAAUGUGAAAAUCAAACAAACAUGCUAUGAAAACGUGAAUGUACAGUAGACCGUAGCGAAAAAAAAAACGAUUUUUAUAUAUAUUUGAUGGUAAAGUCGCGAAUAAAAUCAAAAUAACAUAAAACAGGAAAGACAAA